GCAGUCACUAGGCUCAUCUAUGACUCGUCAUAUCGCCUAGUCACACUAAACUCCCUGUCCCACUGUGUUCUCCCUUGACUGAGCAGCGCCCUAAAGAACCGUCAGGGUUAUUAGUAAGACCGUCUGCGGGAGUAGGUGACAGUACUACGGCAUUGGCGGUGCUGUCAACUCAAGGGCAACAGUCGACGGAUAGGUUUGACAAAUUGUCGCGACAAGCAUCUAUUGGCCCGACAUAUCGACAGCAAUUUCAGGGGACAAGGACGACGUAAUUUAUCAUGGGUGACCCUCCGUGAUCUCAGGAGAGGCCUGUGCGAGAUUCUUGUUGGACCUUCUCGCGCUUGUUCCGGUUGAGCAAAACCCGUUAUUGUCAGAUUAGGGUUUCGCAUAUUGAUCAGGGGGGCCUCACCUCUUAAUUGGUCAGCUCUUUCAGAAGUCGCCAAGCACUAGUUACACUGUAGCGAAGCAGCGCUUCUUCGUUCUUAUAUCGGGGAAAAGCCGUGCAUUAACAUGGCUUUCCACGGACAAUUGCGAAAAAGUAGAUUAAACUUCAUGCUGGCAUCUAGAAGACGAUCGUGCGACUUAGCGGCUCAGCCGUCAUGUCAGGCAACGGCUCGACGUAGCAGUCUCAGUCGCUGGUUCGAAUACCGAUGGAGCAGCAGCAGCAGCGGCAGCAGCAGCAGGAGAAGCAGCAGCUCAGCAUUGGUCAUCGUGCUGCUAGCGUUCGUACACGUGGCGUCGGGAGGACGCCCGCAUGGAUCCUCCGAUUCGAUACAAGCAUUCCCGCUGCGUGCGCGAGUCACCGAGGAAAAUUGGCAUCGACGCCUGUCGUCAGCAGCAUCAGAAACAGGCGACGAUCCCGUAGCAGCCGCUAUAGCCUCGGCCGUUGCCGCCUCUAGAUCGUCUUACUCCUCCUCCCCCUCCUCAUCGUUAUCGUCGUCUCGCUCGUUAUCGUCGCUAUCAUCCGCAGCGGUCUCGCGCGCGUCAUUCGGGAAGGGCGGAGGCGCUGGUCCGGAGGCGCCGUACGACUAUUCCUCCGCCUGCGUGGCGGAGCCCCCCUGCAGCGGAACCACGUACCCCAACCUCUACGUGUACAAGGCGUCUCGCACGUGCGCGUGCUGCCCGCCCGUUAUUGUCACGCUGGAGCUCUCCUCGCCGUCCGAUCAACUCGGCAAUCCGCGAAUCACGGCGUCCGUUGCGGACUCGUUGGAUUCGCAUGUCGAAUCCAUCUUGGGGCUCUCCAGCGGUCAGGUGUCGCUCUUUGGCGUGACCAGCGCGGACGCCUCUGACACUGCCACGUUCCUCGUGUUCCGCAACGACACGCUGGCAUGGAGCGCGGUUGACGUGGCAGAGAUGGUCAACCGCCUGAGGAACGACUCCGCCCUUGCCGCGCCCGAGUUCGCCUAUGCUGCGCUCUGGAAGGCCGCUGCUGGCACUGCGACUGACAUCGCAACCGCCCCCAGCAUGUAUUACCCGUCCGGGCAGGCCAUUCCGCCUCUGCUGCUCGCCUCCACCACACCUCCCUCUGCUCCCCCCAGCAACACCACUAGCACUAGCUCUAGCAGCAGCGAGGUGAAGUGGUGGAACAUCCUCCUGAUAGUCCUCGCGAUCGUCUUCACGGGAGCGGCGCUGGCUGCGGCUGGGUUCACGUGGCACAAGGCGAAGCUGCAGCGGGAGCUGUUGCUGCGUCAGAAGGCGCAGGAGGAGGAGCAGCGGAAGGAGCGCGAGGAGAAGGAGCAGAAGGCAAAGGAGGGGGCGGAGAACGGAGACGAGCCGGGCGCGCUGAAGGACGAGAGCCGGUCCAUCAGGAAGACGGGCAGCAUGCCCACAUCCUCUUCUUCGCAAUCUAAAGCUCGCAGCCAGUCCGACUUCGGGCUGAAGGUGCAGGAGAACUUUGUCAAAGCGCUCUCCUUGGACGAGGUGACACGUGCGACAGACAACUUUGCGGCUGAGAACGAGCUGGGGUCGGGCGGGUACGGCACGGUGUACAAGGGCGUGAGCCCGGGCGGCACGCUGUGGGCCGUGAAGCGCGCUAAGAACGCCAGCGAGGAGGGCAUCGAGGACUUUCAGAACGAGGUGGACGUGAUCUCCAAGAUGUCUCACCGCAACUUGGUGCGCCUGCUGGGGUACUGCGAUGAGAAGGGCGAACAGAUCCUGGUGUACGAGUUUGUGGCCAACGGCACGCUCAGGCAGCACAUCCGACCCAGCAACCCCUCCAAGCGACCACUAACUUUCGAGCAGCGCCUGGAGAUAGCAGUGGGGGCGGCGGAGGGGCUCAAGUACCUGCACAGCGCAGCAGAGCCGGCCAUCAUUCACCGCGACAUCAAGUGCGACAACAUCCUGCUGGACAAUGACAUGAUGGCGAAGGUGGCUGACUUCGGGGUGUUCAAGAAGAGCAGCAGCAACAAGCCGGGCGACACCAUGAACACAAGGGUGGUGGGCACCCCGGGCUACGUGGAUCCGGAGUACUACCAGACGUACAAGGUCACCACCAAGAGCGACGUCUACAGUUUCGGAGUGGUGCUGCUUGAGCUGAUCACUGGCCGCCCCCCGAUCAUGGAGGACCCUUCAGUGGAGAACGAGUCGUACAUGGUUACGCUCUCGCGAUGGGCCACCCCCAAGAUCGCAGCAGGCAAAGUAGAGAGCAUUCUAGACCCGCGUCUCACCGGAGCCUACCCCCGCCAGGCGCUCAACAUGAUGGCAGCAGUCACCGCCAUGUGUGUGCGCCGCCUCGGCCGCGACCGGCCAGAAAUGGCCGAGGUGGCGACCCGGCUCGCAGAAAUCAAGUACUUCUUAAAGCCUUCUUCGGGGAUUCUGGAGCCGGUGAUGAACCUGUUUCCGGACGAUGAUCUUGAGGACCGGGAGGAUAACCUGAUGGAUAUUGCGGAGGAGGAGGAGGACUAUGACCAUGUGCCGGAGUAUAUUCCGGGGACGUCUACUGGGAUUAACCCGUACACUAGUGCGGAUAUCGCUGCUCCUGUGUCGAUGGUGUUCAGCGAUAGAUAAGGCCGAAAGGGGAGGGUGGGAGGGGGAGUAUGGGGGGGGGAAAUCAGGCAGCAUGCCUGGCAGGGUGGAUAAGUUGAAGAUUGUGGCGGAGGACUUUGAUCAUGUGCCGGAGUAUAUUCCGGGGACGUCGACUGGGGUUCAUCCGUACACCAGUGCGGAUAUUGCUGUCCUGUUUCCAUGGUGUUUGGUGAUGGAUAACGGAGGAAGGGGGAGGAGAGUGGAGGGGAGGGGAGGGGAUGGGAGGAGAGUGGAGGGGAGGGGAGGGAGGGAUUUGGGGCAGCAUGAGCCGGAGGACCAGGAGGACAACCUGAUGAUAUUGCUGCUCCUGUGAUGAUGGUGUUCGGUAAUCGAUGAUUCAGAGGUAUGGGGGGAUGGUGGCAUGGUAUGACCAUCUUCUGGUGGAAUCUACCUGAAGCGUGCAUCGUACACCACCUGUGUGGGUACAGAGCUGCUCCUGUGCCUGUGUUGCUGAGAGAUUCAGAGUGAGGGAAGGGAAUAAUAGUAGGUGCAGUGGAAUAAGGGUAUGUUGACCCAUGAUGUAUGCAGCUUUGUUCGUGUCAGGAGUACAGCAGUCCACUUGAGGGAGGGGCUGGCAUACUAGAAUGACAAAUGACAACGUUUUAGAACUUAAAUAUAGUAGAGAAGGGCUCCUUUUUCAUAAGUGUUGUAAUGCAAUUUGUUAGGUAGACCUUAGCACAUAAUGUUCUAGGACUAUACUUCAUAUUUCAGGCU